AUCAUGUGGGAACAAAAAUGAGGAUAAUUGUGAUAGGUUAUAAAAAUGAAAUGAAAUAAAAAAAAUUAAAGAAAAAACAAAGCACCAGGCUGGCCUCAGUUACAACCUAUAAUACCAAGGAAGAGAAAGAAAAAGCCAUCAAUAAAUAUCAUAAUCCUUAUAUCUUUUUCCACAAAAUCACACCAAGCAUAACAAAUCACUCAAAUUCUCCGCAUCGAUAAUGAGUUACUACAACCAGCAGCAACCACCCGUCGGCGUUCCUCCGCCGCAAGGUUAUCCGCCGGAGUCAUACGGAAAGGACGCUUAUCCGCCUCCGGGAUAUCCGCCGCAAGGUUACCCUCCGCCGCCGGCCUACCCGGCGCAGGGAUAUCCUCCUCCGCAGUAUGCUCCUCAGUACGCUCAACCUCCGCCUCCUCAACAGAAUUCAAGUGGCCCUGGCUGCAUGGAAGGCUGUUUGGCUGCUCUAUGCUGCUGCUGCCUGCUGGAGGCCUGCUUCUGAGAUGACAUUCAUUUGCACAAAAUGGAAUUCACAAAUUGUAUCUUGAGUCUUCAUAUUUAAUUCUGUGACUAUAUAUGUUCCUAGAUUUUUAUCUUCUUUUUCUGCUUGAUUGUUUUGUUGUUAUGAACCAUGUUAAUUUGAGCCGUAUGAUAAACUAUUGCAGCAUGCCAAAUAUCAAACUGCCUCAUUAACAUAAUUUUUUCUUUACUCUAUUAUUAUAUAUUAGUUUGGAGAUUGAUACGA